AGGUAUUUUAUUUCCUUAAACUUUCUGAGCUUUGCACAUAAGCACAAAGACUGGUAUGGAUUUUUUAAUAGAAAACAUAAGCUUUGUCUGUGAGCAUGUUUAUCUCAAUCACAUUUGAACACUUUGAUAGUUACUCACCUCGAGGCAUGGGUGUCACUAAAGACAUGCAGUGCCCAACAGUAAACUCGUUUGCCAGACUAGGACAUUGUGGUGAGAUAAAUCAAUCGUUCGUGAAUUUCCUACGUGUGAUUAAACUUUUCAAGAAUAGGCUUGACUUUGAAUCAAUGUUUUCUAUUUAAAUGUACUACUAUUCUACUGUAAAAACUUGUGGUAAUGUUGGCGUAUGUAAUGUGUGAUUGAUUUAUUUUGAGAAAUGUUCUCAAUUGUGCAUUAGAAACAUUUUUAUUGCUGUUCUUAAAUAAUAGUUUAUAGCAAAUUUUAAAAAGUAGACUUUAUGGGAAAAAACCUUUCUGUUAGAAUGCACCUAGCGUCGUGUGGCCGCUAGAUGGCGCCACUGUCGUCGUCUUCCACUUCGCAGCCGGACCUCGGUUCCCUCCCGCUUCCAGGUGCUGCCGCUGCGCCCUUCCGCUCUACGUACAGGAAUGUGUAGCCUGCAUUACGUCACUUAUCCUGCGCGCGGCGAGAAAGCGGCCCCGUCCGGGAGGACGGAAGGGACGUUUUUAAAAAGCCGUGAUUUGUGCGCGUCCCCGUCUCACACAGAGCUGGUCCACUGGGAGUGCGGGGCCGAGCGACGGGGGGAAGUCAGACCUUUGAGGCGCCGCAUCUCCGCGCUCCUGCGUCAGAAUGAGAAGCCUGUAAAAGCGUCCCGCACAUCGACGACUCGCGCGGAAAAUAGAUGGAGGAACAAGAAGGUACCGACGACUGCUACUGUUCGGGCUGCGGCGGACAAAUCCAGGACUCGUUCCACAUGAAGGUCCUGCAGGACACCUGGCACAACGCCUGCUUCCAUUGUUCCGUGUGCUGUGACCACCUCACUAACUGGUACUAUGAGAAAGACGGCAAGCUGUACUGUCGCAAACACUACUGGGAGAAGUUCGGGGAGCUCUGUCACGGCUGCUCUCUGCUCAUGACUGGACCGACCAUGGUGGCUGGAGAACACAAGUAUCACCCGGAGUGCUUCGAGUGUCUGAGGUGCAAGGUGGUGAUCGAGGACAGGGACACCUAUGCCCUGGUCGAGCGGUCAAAACUCUACUGUGGAAAGUGCUACAAGCAGGUGGUCCUGACACCCAUGUUGGAAAAGCGAUCCCACGACUCGGUGCUGGACUCUUUGCCCCACACGGUGACGCUCAUCUCCAUGCCCUCUGCAGCCAACGGGAAAAGGGGCCUGUCCGUGUCGGUGCUGAGGGACACCAACGGCUCAGCCAGUGUACAAGUCAAGGAGGUCAGGGGGAUGCUUAUUAGUCCAGAGGUACGAAAUGCCAUCCAUGUUGGGGACAGGAUCCUGGAGAUCAAUGGACUUCCAGUGGGGACAUUGAUGGAGGAGGAGGUGGACAAUCUGAUCCAUCACACCAGUCACACGCUGGAGCUGCUCAUUGAGUACGACCCGGUCAGGCAGCGUCUGGACCGGCACAGGCUGGGCUCGCCCAGCAACACCCUGGGCGUACCCGCCACCUCUCGCAUGCGUCUGUCCUCGCCGUCCAAUGCGGUCCUGGAGAGAACGGAUGUGGUUGACGACAGCACACUAAAGCGGAGGUCUUUGAGACGCAGUAACAGCAUAUGUAAGUCACCCGGGCCAAAUUCUCCCAAGGAGCCGGCUUUUAUCACACGAGACAUCCUGCGCUCUGAGUCCUUGAGGUCCUCCAGCAGUUGCUCUCACCGCAUCUUCCGGCCGUGUGACCUCAUCCACGGAGAGAUCUUGGGGAAAGGAUUCUUCGGCCAGGCCAUUAAGGUGACUCAUAAAGCCACAGGAGAGGUGAUGGUGAUGAAGGAGCUAAUCCGCUGCGAUGAGGAGACACAGAAAACCUUCCUGAAGGAGGUUAAAGUUAUGCGGAGUCUGGAACACCCCCAUGUGUUGAAGUUCAUCGGCGUGCUCUACAAAGAUAAGAGGCUCAAUUUGAUAACGGAGUUCAUUGAGGGAGGCACACUGAAGGAUUUCAUUAGAGACACAGACCCGUUUCCGUGGCAACAGAGGGUGAGCUUUGCAAAGAGCGUGGCUUCAGGCAUGGCCUACCUGCAUUCAAUGAGCAUCAUACACAGAGACCUCAAUACUCACAACUGCCUGGUCAAACUGGACAACACUGUGGUUGUCGCUGACUUUGGACUCUCUCGGCUCGUAGUAGAGGAGAAAGCCAAGCCUCUAUCUGAAAAAUCUUCCACUAAGAAGCGGUUCAGACGUCCCGACAGAAAGAAACGAUACACAGUCGUAGGAAACCCGUACUGGAUGGCUCCAGAGAUGCUCAACGGUAAACGCUAUGAUGAGAAGGUGGACGUUUUCUCUUUUGGAAUUGUGCUGUGUGAGAUCAUUGGAAAAGUCUACGCGGACCCUGAGUGCCUCCCCAGGACUUUGGACUUUGGCCUGAAUGUUGGCAAAUUUGUGGAGAAAUUCCUCCCUGAGGACAGUCCACCGACUUUCUUUCCGCUGGCUGUAGCCUGCUGUGACCUGACACCAGACAACCGUCCACCUUUCGAGAAGCUGGAGGACUGGUUUGAAGCUCUGUCCCUCAACCUGGAGCUGGGGAUCCCCCUGCCAGGCGAAGUGGAUGAACUGCAUCACAGCCUCAGUCAGCUCCACUGGCCUAAAGACGGCUCGCCAGCCCAGAGCCCAUCGAGCCCAUCGAGCCCAUCAACACCGACGGCAGCCUCAUCAGACUCUUCCAGCAGGAUAGACAACGGCACCUAGAACCUGCACCCUCCUCUGAACUGCUGCACUGUUCGCAUGGGAUAAAGGAAAACUUGCAUUGAACUCGAGCCAUAUUAGAACUGGAGAACCUGAGCUAACUGGACCAACCAAACCUGAGCAGGCCAGUUAACUGCAAUGUGACAGGAAAGACACAUUUCAACAAGAUGAGUAUUAGAUGCAUUUUUUUCAGCCCUACUUCAUCUCCUCUCCGACACACACACAGUGUUGUGCUAAUGUUUACUGUGUAUAAGGGCCCAAUGUAGCUUCCUGCUUUUGAACUGACAGCAGAUCAUCAUCUUUUUAAGGCUGAGAGUCCCCAUAUGACACCAUUUUUGUUUUUCUGGCUCUGAAGCUGUUGUCUGCCUUGUAUGGAAUGCGAAGCUCAGUCGUUGCCCAGAAGAGAACUGGCUUCACUGCAGCAGAAUAGAAACACGCUUGACUGAUGAGUCUAAGUAAACAGAGGGACGGCUUGAAGAAAAGAGGAGUGACUUAAUGCAGCCGUGGAAGCAAAACAAGUACUGAAUGGCCUGUCUAUCCCUAUCCCUAUCCUAUUUGUACUGCAAACAUUUUCUUAAAUGAGAUUGGCGCUGAUAAAUACACAAACUUUCUUUAUGGAUUUGAUUAUUUUAAAACAAAACAGACUUUUAUUUGUGAGAUCCCACAAUAUGUUUUUUAUUGUUAUUAUUAUUUCAUUCCGUUUUUAAUUCAUAUUCUCACUCAUAACAGAAUGGGGUUUUCAUGAAAUAGGAGAAACCCACUUGCUGUCAUUUUUUUGUACAUGUUCAAGCAUCCAUCUAUUAUUCAACACCGAGCUCUUGUCUGUUUUAGAGCUGGCAUAUACUGUUCCCUCCAGAAUUCACUUGUUGUGUUUGCUGUACUUUGAGGACAUUUAGGUUUAUGAUCUAAGGACGAGUAUGACGCAAUACAGCUUGUAGUUGAUAGUUGUAUAAGAUGAAAAGAAGUACUGUACUAGCAGAAAAUAGGUUUGAGACUAAUAAAAGGUUUGAUUGGUGGCAUCACUUGGGUCGGUUAAGACCUGGUUAUUUAUUGUCCCACACACAAUGAUAAAUGACCCUCUAGUGAGACUGUUCAGCGAGCAGCCAUGUACAUUACCCUGCUUGGUUUGGAUUUGACCAACGUAAUAGUUUUCCUCUCCACACUGCGGUCUUUAAUGCACUUUGGUGCAGGUUUAUGUCGGCCUCUUGUGUCCAUUAAACAUUGUUUCAGAGGUUUUGUGGCUCAUCUCUGUACAUUCUGUUAAUACCAACCUGGCUGAUGUGGUGUGCUUUCUGUAUUUCAUCUCUGCAGAUGAUGCUUUGUGAUAACGUCACCUCUGUUUUGUGGUAGUUGUCAGUAAUGCCACUGAGUGGGUUUAGAUUUUUUCACAGCAUCGUCAUCUGCUGUUUUCAUUUGCCCUCCUGGUGCUCCAGUAGUUGCACCGGUGGUUUCUUCCUGUUGUACAGUUUGGUUUUAGCUGGUUUCCCUACUUUCUAGCUUUUCGUUGAUAGACAGUUCUUAAACACAAGCUUCAAAGGUGUCAAACUCAACUCAGGGUGGUUACUUUGGUUAUUAAAAACAGUUGUUAUGACUCAUGUUAAAUUAUAGAAAAACGGCUUUAGCCUAAUAGACAUGUUCUGAUCUUAAGCCUCAAUGUCCUCACUGUACAGAAACCACAAACAAACAGGCCGAUGACAAGCACUCGUUUCUCCUCUUCUACUACAUGUUACUGACUUACAACUUUCAGACAAGUUGCCUUGUACAGAGACUUUUUUCCUUAGGUGUAUACACCAAGUAUGUGCCUCAGAUUGAAUGUUGUUAGUCUGAUGGGAGACUAGAUUUGUAGAUUUUUUUCUAUACAUUUCGAUUGGAAGUUUUUGCCUUUUUUGCUACUGUCAUGCAAGGUACUGACGACCAGAUGUAGCCACUAUUAUUUAUAUAAUAUAGUAGUGUUUCAUAAAUAAAUCUUUUGAGUCA